AUGACUGAAGCCGCUGCUUCAGAGGCGUCAACGGCGUUAGUGAAUGUUUUGGAUCAAGUUGCUGCACCAGUACCAGGUACAGAGGCUCCAGGGGCACGGGAAACUUCGGGGCUUGUGGAUGAUUCUGUUGAUGCAACAGCACCAAAUUCUGUUUCGGUGAACCAUGUAGCCACAGGGGUGACAGAAGAUGCUGCACCGGCAGCGCCAGCAGCUGCAACACCCCCUGACAAUCGUUAUCAACUACUCGUGCGGCCCAUUGUGAAGACGUCCAUUAAUCAGCGUGAUUUGUCAGCUGAAACACUGCGUGAUGCUGUUUUAAUGGACGGUCAUUCAACGCUAUUAUGGAUAUGGAGUGUGGUGACUCUUCAGUUCGCAGAGUGGGCUAAAAUUGUGCAGUUCAAGGUGAAGAAACGUGUAGUAGACUCCACCAAGUUUCGCCAGGCAUGGAACCAGUGGCUUGUGGCAACGCGAGGAACAACGGUGGCGCUCAUGAUUUAUGAGUAUGGCAUGGCCAUUGCGUCGGAAAAAGAUCGGGACGAGUUCAUGAAGGCAUGUAUUUUGCCCGAGAAGACGGACCGUGCUGGCGCUGCAGCAGAGUCUUCAGUGCGAGAUGUGCUGGUGGCUCUCAGACAGAAAUGGGGGACUACGUUUAUGGCGGCAUCCGUUGUCUGGAGCAUGUGGGUGAACGACAUUAUUCGGAAUGCUGAAUCGCGUUUAGAGGAGCACCUAUCAGGUGUGGCUCAAUCGACAAACUUGGCAUUAGAUUGUGUGAGAGCUUCUAUUGCUGACUGCCAGCAACUGCGUUUCCUCCUGGUUUCUGCUGUACGCUUUGUCGACGAACAAGAGCAGCGCUUGACGGCGCGUGAGGCCGUCAUUGAAGAGGUCCUCCGCGACAUGGUGCCUCCGUCACCAAGCCAAAUAAUCGACCCGCUGCCACGAAUCGAGAACGUUGAAGACACAGAACAUGCCGAGUGA